UUGAGUUGCAGUCCAUCCUCUGCAGAGUUUUAAUGACUUUGAAUCCAUUUAAUCUGAGCGUCCUCAUGUCUGUGUAUACGUGUCCUCAUGUCCUCAGCCUCAGCGUAUGCAGACCUGCAGCAGCACCGGUCCGAUGGCAUCCACAGGAGAACGUCCCCGGUGUCCGGCUAUGUCCCCCAGCCCGACUACAUGGAGGGGGACGAGGACAAUGACCUCAUCAAACCCAAGAAGCUGGUGAACCCGGUCAAAGUGUCCAAGAGCCACCAGGAGCUGCACCGCGAGCUGAUGAGCAGCUGCAAACGAGGGGGGGUGAGUGUGGAGAUGAAGCCGGAGCUCCAGAGAGUAAUGGAGUCGAGGAAACGAGAUCAGCUGAUAAAACAGAGGAAACAGGAAGAGGAAGCUCGCAGGAAGAUCUCACCGCUGGAGGCCGAACUGCUGAAGAGACACCAGAGACUGGACGAGUGGGACAGACAGCAGCAGAGGGAGCAGCAGGAGACACUGAGAGCUCCAGAGUUCGUCAAAGUGAAGGAGAAUCUGAGACGGACAUCGUUUCACAGUAAAGACGAGAAGGAGGUGUAGAGACAUCGCUGCUGUCCACAUGUUUACAGGACAAUCUGAGGACAAUCUGAGGACACACAUAUGCCAAGGACACUCUGAGACAUUAAUUCUGUCUAAUUCCAGGAAAUGGUUGAAUUUGUACGAGUCGUCUCUUGUUUAGGGAUAGGAGAGUUUUUCUUCACAUUACGAGACACUAACUCCGUACGAAAGUACAAAACUGUUUUCUUACAAAAUUCUGAUUUUUAAAAUUCUUUUGAAAAUGUAAGUUUCAGAUAUUAUAUAGAAUUAAUCCCAGAUUUUAUCCUGAAGUUACUGAGCUCUAACUUUGUAUAUGUUACAGACUCAGCGAGAUACAGAUUCACGUGUGGACACCUAAUGUCUCUGCAUUCACACCCUGCUGAGUCUAAAUUCAUAUGUGAAGUUUGCUCAGUCCUCCUCUUCCUGUCUGGGAUUAUUAGAGCAGCAGGCUGAGCAAAGCACUCCAGGUGUCCCCCUCCUCAGCUCCGUCCUCCUGCUCCUGGACAAGUUCCUGAUGAGACGGGAUCCCUGCUGGUGUUCCGGGUCCUCAGGGACAGAAAACCUCCAUCAGGAGGAACCGGCUAAGCUCCUGAACACGAAGGAGCAGAAGAUCUCCUCCAAGCUCCUCCUCUCUCUAAAGACCUGUCAGCGACUUGAAACAAGACGAGUUGAAACAUGCAGCUUCAUCCAACGUGCAGUUCUGCAAAGUUCUGCUGGUUCUCACAUCACUUUUCCCUGUUGACCUCCGUCGUGACAGAGAUGUCAAUAAAUCAUUUUUUUGAGCGUCAAAACCAUGGAUAUAUCAUAAAUCUGGAUACAGCUGUGGGGG